CGAUCAACCUCUCCACAUCACCAUGCAGCGACGCCUCGGACCGUCAACCGGCGUGGGGGGGCGGCGCGCACAGCCGGGCGCUUGCGUUUUGUGUAGCCCUCACAACUACGGCGGAGGCCCACGUGACUGGCCGGUGGGCGGAGGAGUGGAAGGGCACAGGAGUAGGUGUUGGCGCCGUGGGCGGCCGACAGCGGUUUGUGAGAGUGAGCACAACGGGCGUAACGUCGGAGCGUAUGGCCGCGUAA